AUGAAGAAGCAAGACCUUACUGCAUCACGCUGGGCGAGUCCGGAUGUGCGUCAAAUGCGAGAAUAUCCCCGGAUCACAAGAACGCCAUCGCCACAGAAGACUCCCUGGAAUGGGUCAUUAUUCGGUGAUAAAUGGCAUGAAAACACACCUUUGCCAUCAAUCACCCACUCGACAACAUCCUCGGACCCAUGCGUCAAGAAAACAUCCGUCACGCCCCAGCCGUUGGGUGCCUUGCAACGGCAAUUCCAAACACGACAGCUUGAUCUUCAGCGCUUUCAAAGAUUGUUCCGACGUCUAAAAUGGAAAGCCAACAGUCUCACUCACUGGUCACAUCGAGCAUUGAGUCUUACUCAGGAGCACAUUCGUGCUCAGCAAAUGACGCGAGAAGUAGUGCAUGCUCACCCAUCGCCUCAGAGAAAUCCAACAACGUCCUUAGGUCGCUACGAGAUGGAGAUAGAUCCUAUCGAAGCCGAACGUCAAUUCAAAAUUGAUUUCUACGAAUUCUAUGCCCUCCUCGAGCGUGGUAUAGUCUGCUUACUGGGAGUUUGGGGAAUGGCGGUUGAUAGCUCCAACAAUUCCAAUACGAGAGAGAAUGAUCCGGAUAACAUGGGUCCUGCUGCGCUGGGUAGUGGGAAUUUGAUAGGCAACUCGCGUGCAUUCCAUGGAAGUAGCCAUCGGUUUCACGCCAACUUACUGGCAGCGCUGGACCACCCUUCGAACCCACUCCACCUAAUUCUUGGUACUGGCGAUGCGAGGGAUUACAUCGGUAUUGCCAAAGAGUUUCGGAACAAGUGGAAAGAUGUUGAAGUCCGACCUGAUGAAGCCUUUCAAGGCGAUGAAAGAUUGGAGGAAGAAUGGGAUAGGAAAAAAGCCAGGCGGUACGAAAAGGUACUUCGAGAUCUGAAGUUGGAUGAGCUCCUGGGAUCAGUGCUUGGAGCAUUGGAAAUGGCGGGGAGCAAGGCGGAGCAAGAGGUUGACAGGCUUGCUCUUGCUCUUGGAGCUACAGCAAAUGACCGAAUCACUCUUGUGGACACCGCAGGAGUUGAUUCGGAUAUGGUACACGCGCCCUUCGAGGUUGGGUAUAAUCCUAUGGAUUACGAUAUUGAGAUGCAGCUUUGA